AUAUUUCCAUAGAUCAACAAUGGCUAAGAAAGGAAAGAAAGGAGGUAAAUCUGGUGGUGAUUUCUGGGACGAUGAAGACAUGGCCCAGGAACAACCGCAAGCUGAAGAAUUCGGCAAUGGUGCUGAGUCAGCUGAGCCAGUUGAGCCAGCUGAAUCAGCUGAAGCUACCCCAGAACCAGCUGGACCUCAAGAAGCUUCUGCAGACGAUAUAGCUGGAGAUUUCUUGAGUUCGAUUAGAAAGAACAAGCAAAAGAAGGACCAAAAGGAAGAGGACGACAAAAAGUCUAAAGAUGGACCAAAGAUCUUGUCCAAAAAGGAAAAGGAAAAGUUAAAGAAGGAAGCUGAAAAGCAGAAAAAGAAGGAACAAGCUCAAUUGAAGAAGGCUCAACAAGCAUCCAAGAAGGAACAAAUCAAGCAAGCUAAUAAACAAAAUGAAUCCGCCAGAGUUUCUGCUUCUGCCACUCCUGAACCUUCUCAAGAAGCUG